UGUGGAGUUUCUCCUAGCAGAUCUCGUUAGCCAGUCUCCAUUAUGGCGAUGUCAAUAACGACGGAGCAACGCUGACCGCUGGAGCAAGUAGCGGAACAACUGGAAGCCUGGCUAGCUAUACCAGUAUAGCUAGCUAGCAGAACAGGCGAAAGAAUGUAAGCCGUAAGAAAGGACGCGAUUCGUUAACUUAUCUAACGGGAGAGCGUUUUUCUUAAACCACCCUUAUUUAUUUUUAGACGCAAAGCAAUAUUCGCUUUUUUUAACUUGGGCAGAAAUGGAAAGUGCAAAGUCUGCGGCAGUGGGAGAAAACAGGUUGGAGAGGAGCGGUCCGGUGAGAACUGUUGCAAUAGUGGUGUCUGGCUCGGAAACGGGUAAAAUAAGUGUGUCUAAGUUAAAGAAGCCCGGCAACGGAGUGGCCGCCGCCGUGAGGAGGGAUGAUGAUGGUGAUGAAGAUGAGGACGAUGAUGAUGGCGGAGCCGGGGAGCCGGCGUCAGACUACGAUGGACCAUCAUCCGCCUUGCUUCGGGUAGAGGCGGUGCACCGUAGGCGAGCCGUCGCCGAAUCGCCGGUGAAAAGCCGCGGCUUGAGCGCCAGCGUCAACGUGAACUCGCUGCUGAUGAGAAGAAAGAGGCUGAAGAGGAAUCUUUCCGCCGCCGUUGCGGCCGCCCCCCCGGGCGGCGAGAUGCGCCCGCUGGCCUCCGCCUCGCCCAUCGCCGCUCGCACCCUGGACGGGAAGGUCCCGUUAAGGCGUAGGCACGGCGUGCAGCUGCAACCGUCCGACAGGCAGUGGGUGCGAGGAGACCUGCAGCGGGGAUGCGUGCACGUUCAUGACAGGCUGAAGCUGCGCUGCCUUAGGCCGGUGCUAUGCACUGUGGACACCACUGCCGGGGAGAUAGCGCGCAGGCUGAGGCAGCACGGUAGGGGGGGGACCGCUGUCCGAGUGGCCGGUGCGGCCACUGAUCUGCGUAGCAGGCAUGAGUUUAUGGAACCUGGGAAGCGGGAUGGACACGGGGAUCAGUCCGGUUCGACGGAUGACAGGUUGGGGUUACUACUUCUGCCAGACGCGGAGCAGACGACCGACGCGCGUAUCUUAAACGGGGCAAGUAAACUUUAUGAGGACGAAGUAUCGCCGUCGGACAUCCUCCUUAGUCCCAAGAUCGAUGCCCUGAUAGAUGCGGAGACGGAGGAGUCGCGGCACACAGGCACGGACAGCUGCGGACUGAACUCGAGUUCGGACGUGGAGAGCGGCACCUUUGACGAUCUGAGCUCCGGCGGCCGCGACUCCCUGAGCGACGGUAUGGUGCUGGGUGCAGACGCGGCCGCCUUGAGUCCCACGGAGGGACUUGACCCGUUCGGGAGCUCUUCCGAUGAACUGGACCUGGACUGUCCCUCCUCAUGCUUGUCUACCGAAUCCAUCGCAAGGCGGCUUUUGGUGCCCUCCGCAGAUAACUAUAGCAACACGGCCAGAGGUGGCGGGGAGCUUUCGGACUGCGCCGGAAGAAUUGCACCCUGCGGAGGCGUGCCCCUCGGUUCUGGCAGGUUGUCGGGCGGCGGGAACCAUGACACUUUGCCAAGGCCCCUGACACAUCUCGGCGGCCAGGAUCCCGACCCCGAGGAUGAGAUGCCGACUCUUUACGUUCAGCUGCAUGGCGAAGCCGCCAGGAGGUUAGAGCAAGACGAAAAGCCGCUGCAGAUCCAGAACGACUACCUCUUUAGACUGGGAUUUAAGGACGCAUGGCGAGUGCAGGAGGAGGGAAUGGACACUGAGAUCGGCUGCUUGAUCCGAUUCUACGCAGGGAAGCCUAACGGUGUGGAGAGCUCGGAGCGCGUCCAGCUGUCGGGGACCUACACCGUACGCAAGGGCAAGAUGCAGCUGCCGGUGAACCGCUGGACCCGGCGACAAGUCAUCCUGUGCGGCACCUGCCUCAUCGUCUCCUCCGUCAAGGACAGCCAAGUGGGCAAGAUGCACGUGCUGCCGCUGCUGGGGGGGAAGGUGGAGGAGGUGAAGAAGCACAGUCACUGCCUGGCCUUCAGCUCCUCGGGUCCCCAGAGUCAGACCUACUACGUCAACUUGGAGAGCUUCACUGAGCACCUGCGCUGGCAGCGGCAGGCCGCCAAGAUGGUGUCCCAGCGAAUCAGCUCUGUCGACCUGUCUGGCUGCAGCCUCGAGCGCCUGCCACACAACCUCUUCUACAGCCAGGACCUGACACACCUCAACCUCAAGCACAACUUCAUGGCACCUGGCAAGAGCCUCACCGAGCUUCAGAGGUUCUCCAAGCUCCGAAGCCUCAACCUCUCUAGUAACCGUCUUGGUGAAUUUCCCCUGGCCAUCUGUGACAUGAGCACCCUGACGGAGGUCAACCUAUCCUGCAACUACCUGAGCUCUGUGCCCUGCGCCAUAGGGGCCAUGCGCAACCUGCAGGCCCUCCUCCUGGAUGGGAACUGCCUGUCGGUGUUGCCGGCAGAACUCGGCGACCUGCCACAGCUCUCCUACCUCGGCCUGUCCUUCAAUGAGUUCUGCGAGGUACCGGUGACACUGGAGCGACUGGUCGCCAUGGAGAGGCUGUGCAUGGCGGGUAACCGGCUGGCUUCCCUUCCCCUGCGGCUCCUCCGCCGGCUCCGGGUCAAGCAUGUGGACCUCAGGCUUAAUAGAAUCCGAGAGGUGAUUGUGGACGAGCCAGACUUCCUGGAGCAUGUGACCCACCUGGACCUGCGGGACAACCGGCUGACGGAGCUGAAUGUCAUGUCCCUACCCAUGCUGGAAGUGUUGCACUGUGAGCGCAAUCACCUGGCCAGCUUGAGGGUGGGGGGCGCUAUGCUGAAAGGCCUGUACGCCUCUGCCAAUGAGCUCAGCCAGCUGGAGGUUCACCCCAUCCCAGACAGCCUCACCUACAUGGACGUCUCAAGGAACAGGCUGGAGAGUCUGCCAGAGUGGCUGAGCAGCAGCAAAAGGCUGGAGACGCUGGACAUCAGACACAACCUCAUUAGUGAGCUGCCCUGCCGGCUCUUCUGCAGCAGCAGUCUGAGGAAACUGCUGGCGGGACACAACGUUCUGUGCCGGCUCCCUGAGCGACUAGAGUGUACCCCGGUGGAGGUGCUGGACGUCCAGCACAACCAGCUGACGGAGCUCCCGUCCAACCUCUUCCUGAAGGCUGACAGCUUACGGUGCCUGAAUGCCUCGGCCAAUCAGCUGGAGAGCUUGCCUCCUGCCUGCCUUUCGGAGGAGAAUCGCAGUGCCCUGCAAGAGCUCUACCUGACCAAUAACCGGCUGACAGACAAGUGCGUUCCCCUGCUGACGGGACACUGCCACCUGCGCGUGCUACACCUGGCCUACAACCAGCUGAACAGCUUCGCCGCCAGUAAAAUGGCCAAACUGGAAGAGCUGGAGGAGGUGGACCUUAGUGGGAACAGGCUGAAGGCCCUGCCCACCACCAUUCUGAACUGCCGGCGGAUGCACACCGUCCUGGCUCACUCCAACUGCAUCGAGGUUUUCCCCGAAGUCAUGCAGCUCAUGGAGGUGAAGUGUGUGGACCUGGCCUGCAAUGAGCUGAGUGAGGUCACCCUCCCAGAGAACCUGCCCCCCAAGCUGCAGGAACUGGACCUGACUGGGAAUCCCCGUCUCUCCUUGGACCACAAGACCCUGGAACUUCUCAACAACAUCCGUUGUUUCCGGAUCGACCCGUCUGCUGCCACCCACUCGCCAAAUGAGGGCCCCCGGGCCCCCGCAGUAUGGAGCCACGGCUAUGCAGAGGCUUCGGGUGUGAAGAACAGGCCAUGUGUGGCGGCGCUGUCCGUGAGUCACUUCCGCGAGAGCCGCGAGGCCCUGUUUGGCGUCUUCGAUGGCGACCGCAACGUGGAGGUGCCAUACCUGCUGCAGUGCACCAUGAGCGACGUGCUGGCAGAGGAGCUGCACCGGGGCAAGAGCCAGGACGACUACAUGGGGAGCACCUUCCUGGUCAUGCAGAGGAAACUUGGCACGGCAGGCCAGAAGCUGGGCGGCUCAGCCGCACUCUGCCACAUCCGCCAUGACCCUGCGGAGCCGGGGGGCUGCUUCACGCUGACCGCCGCCAACGUGGGCAAGUGCCAGGCCGUGCUGUGCCGCGACGGCAAGCCCCUCCCCCUGUCGGAGGUGCACAACGUGGGUGUGGCCGAGGAGUAUCACAGAGUGCGGCUGAACAAGGCCAUCGUCACGGAGGACAACAAAGUGAACGGAGUGACGGACUCCACGAGGAUCAUGGGCUACUCCUUCCUGUAUCCGUCAGUGAUCCCGCGACCCCACGUGCAGACGGUGACGCUGACAGCACGGGACGAGUUCUUCGUGCUGGGCAGCCGGGGCCUUUGGGAGAGCGUGUCGCCGGCGGAGGCGGUGGAGGCCGUCCGCAGUGUCCCCGACGCGCUCGCCGCCGCCAAGAAACUCUGCACGCUUGCGCAGGCCUACGGCUGCAGCGACAGCCUGAGCGCCGUAGUGGUGCAGCUCAGCGUGGCUGAGGACUGCUGCUGCUGUUGCUGCCGCGAGCUGCCCGCCCCCCCCAGCCCCAGCCUCUUCCCGGCACCGGCCCGCGACUCCCUGCCCGCCCCCCCGACGCCGUCACCCUGCAGCGAGGCUAGCAGCGAGGUGUCCGCGUCGGAGAUGAGCAGCGAGGUGGGAUCCACGGCUUCGGACGAAUUGCAACAGGGCGCGCUGUCGCAUGACGGCCACACGGGGGCGCCAUUCACACAAGAGCUGCGCGGCGGUGGCGGUUGCACCCUGCACCCCGUCUGCCCAGCCGACUCCUUCCAGCGGCAACUCUCUAGCGCCACCUUCUCCAGCGCCCUCUCCGACAACGGGCUAGACAGUGAGGACGAGGAGCCGAUCGCCGGCGUUUUCUCCAACGGCAGCCGCGUGGAGGUGGAGGCCGACGUCCACUGCCUGCGUGGCCGGGCACGCUCCCUUGUCUCCCGGGCUUCUGCCGAUGGAACGGAGCCUCCUAGUGGUGGUGAUGGUGGUGGUGAGGUGGAUUCGGUUGCUGAGGUAACGGGCCCAGCUGAAGGUGGGGAUCAUUCCACGCGGACCAUGGGCAGGAGGCGGGCCAACGGCUCGGUGGCACCGCAGGAGCGAAGCCACAACCUAAUCGAGGUGGUGGCCGACGCCCCUGCCAAGAAAUCGGGGGGGUACUUCGCUGCCCCAGCGCAGCUGGACCCCGACGAUCAGUUCAUCAUCCCCCCAGAGCUGGAGGAGGAGGUGAAGGAGAUCAUGAAGCAGCAGCAGCAACGCGCCCAGCCAGCCGAAGUCCCUCCUGACUACUAUAACACGCCGCUGUGAGGCAGACGCGCUGCCAGAGGAGUGCCACGCCAGCCAGACCAUUCGCUCUCUUAUUUUAACCUUUUAUACAGCUAACCCACCAAACAUGCUGUUUAUUUUCCCCCGACACUAUUUUCCAAGCAUUACAGCUUCACAUACAAGGUUAAAAAGUUAAUAUAAUUUUUACCAUAUCGUAUUACAGUGAGAAAUUAUGCCGAAGAGCACUUUUAAAAAAAAAAAAUUCCGAUCGCUGUCUUUGAUUUGUGAUAAAGUAUCUGUGCGACAAUACCACACUGAAUUAUUGUAGGUGGUGAGUUCAUUUCUUCAGUGAAUCAUGGCUUUUUGGCCGUUUAAAGUCAUAGAAAUGUGUAGAAAUUGUGACAGACUAACUCCUAGGAGUUGCCUACUGAUAAAUGUGACUUAGUCACUGUACUAAUCUUCUCUGAGAGAAAAAGUUGAUUUUUCUGCCCUCUUUUCCCCAAUGAUUGUACAUAGUAUGAAUGUUGUGUAGUGAUGAUUGAUGCCAGUGGCCAUAAGGAGGAUGUGUGUGUGGGGGGGGGGCAUGGAUCAGUGCUGAACCACCCCCUCCCCCCCCAAUUCCACCCUGACCAGCAUGACACUCUCUGUAUGAGAUUUAUCUACUAGCAAUUGUAUCCAAGUGCGACACACAGAAGAUUUACUUUUUUGCUAUAAUAAAUCUAAGAUUUACGAAAUAAAA